AUGCGAUGUAUAAACAAACGCGAUGGUGAUUUUAAUAAUACGGGAUUUUUGAGUUUGUUUCAUUCUCUAGUCUUUAUAGUGUUAAUUUCGUAGAAUGGCGCAGCUUAAACACGACUCUCUUAUCGUUCUACGACGUCCAAAGGUGUGUCGAGUUUGUCGUGCCCCAGACAAUGAUGAUCUAAUUUCUGUACAGUUGAUACAAGAAAACGUCUCCAUAUCAAGGAUGAUUGAGGAUUUGUCAGGAAUACAGGUGGUAGCGGACAAGAAUUUGCCACAAAAUGUUUGUCUGGCGUGUUUGGAUCGAGUGCGAAACGCGUAUCAGCUGCGGUUGCAAUGUAUUCAUUCAGACCAACGGUUGCGAGAUGAGUUCUACGGCAGUGUUGUCGACGCCAAGGAAGAUUCAGAAGGCACGGUAAAGUUGGAAAUCGAAGCUUUGGACCUAGGAUUACUGGAAUAUGAAGAGAUUGAUGAACAAGACUUCACACAAGCACAACACAUUGAACUGUUGGAAAAAAGAGAUUUGCUGCAAUAUUUGAACGAGUCAAAUUGCCAAUCUCAUGAAGAACGAAAUGUUUCUGACGAAGAAUUAAUUGCUAUAUUAGCCCCAGAAGAGAGCGAAUACGAAAAACGACCUAGUUAUAUGUAUUUGAAACAUUAUGAUGAAACAGAAUAUGAAGUCGUGCAGCAGAAUGAAUACUAUGAAUGUAUUAAAUUUAUCGUUUUUCAAUGUUGCGGCUGCCCAGAACGGUUUCCAGGAAAUAGUGAUCUGCUGGCGCAUGGUCAAUUGGUUCAUAGGAGGAAACAAAACAUCACAACUGAUGAGUUUUAUGGCUGCCCCAUAUGUUUCCGCCAGUUCACCAAACAGAAUGAUUUGUUAUCACAUAGGCGUCAGAACGACGGUGAUCGCUACCAUUGCCAAGAGUGUGACCUACUGCUAGAUAGUCAAAAGCGCAUGAUUGAUCAUUUGGAGCAUAAUCAUUCGAUACCUCUUAGCACCAAGGAGUCCUACAUUGAAAAUAGUGAUCAGGAGGAAGAAUUUGUUCCUCUUUUGACCUUGGCUUCGUUUGACAAUAGACAAUAUAAAUUGAUACCAACAGAUCAGGGCUAUGAUCUAGUGGAAUUUACUUGGUUCCUCUGCUGUGGAUGUAAAAAACUGUACGAAACAAAGCAAGAACUCGAAAAGCAUUCGAAAGACACCCAUGCUGCUGAGCGAAAUGAACUGGACGAAGACUUUCCGUUCGAGUGUUGUUUUUGCUAUCAGCGUUUUAGCGAAAAGGCCACCUUAGAGUGUCAUCAGGAUAUUGCCAAUCAACGAAGAAUAGCAUGUCGGAUGUGUAAGGCAUUGUUCGAGGAUAAGAGCACGCAUCGAAAACAUUUGAUCGAUUACCACGGAUUGACAGUUCCGGUCAGACGAAACGACAGCGAAGCUGUGCCAGAAGAACUGGAAAUGGAAUGUGAAGGUAAUGUAAUGAUGGAUAUUAAAAAGGAAAUGGAAUUAAAAGUUCUCGAAAGCUUAAGUGAAGAAGAAAGUAUGCAGGAAGUGGAGUUUAUUGAAGAUUUCUCCGAAAGCGAUGAUAUGGAUUCGGAAGAGGAUUAUUUAGAAGUCUCCAGCAGCGUCCAAUUGAAAGCUAGGAAUGUCAAUAAAUAUUUACCAACCAGGCAACGGAAGGAGAUGGGUCUGGUGCCAGGGAACGCACUUCGUGUUAUCGAAGAACUAGAUGGAUAUAACAUUGUUGAGAUAUUGAAACAACGUUGCUGCCGAUGCUUAGAGUUUUUCGAUUCACUAGAUGAGCUGAAUGAGCACACCAAAGAGCAUAUGGUACAGUCGAUAGCAGAAAACCAAGCUUCCGCUAAACCAAUCAAAUACCAGUGUGAGUUCUGCUUAAAAUCAUUCGAUAUCGCUAUGGUAUACGUGUUACACAAGAGGAUCCGAGAACAAAAGCAAUUUUAUCAAUGCCGAUUGUGUGAGUUUGUACUCGAUUCCGAAUCGCGACUGAAAAAUCACAUGAUGCACAACGAGAAACAUGCAAAAUUUUUCAACUUAACUCGGGAAGACGUCAGUGACCGAUACACUUCCGUACAGUUACCUGGUGCCCGUUGUUGUGGGUGCGGUCAAUACUUCGAUAAUGAAUCGGCACUAGCGGAGCAUUCCCGAACGGUCCACCCAAGGGAUCGUAAAAAAGUUAACCAAAAACGAACACAUGCCUGUGCGGUGUGUGACAAACGUUGCAACAAUCAGGCCGCAGUUGAUGCUCAUCAGAAAAAGAAUGGCAGUACGGUUCAGUACUACUGCAAAUUGUGUGACUUCGAAACGCCCAGUAAAGCGAGAAUGUUGAAACAUUUGUACAGUUCGAUUCACAACCAAGCAAUGCCAUCGAUUGAGGUGAAAAAUGUAGAGGUUGGCGUCCGCAAGGCAGGGACGCUUCGUUACUGUUGCUUCGACGGUUGCCACAUUCCUUUUCACGAUUUUAACAAGUUGCAGGAACACGUCAAUUCAGUACAUCAAACUGAGAAAGAAGCAAACGUUGCCACAAUCGACAUCCAUCAUAACAGCAAAUCGCAGUGCGACUGUUGUUUCCGAAUAUUUCAAAGUGUAACAUUGCUGAGACAACAUCAGUUAUUCACUCAGCGCAAGUCGAAAAGCUACGUGUGUUCAAUAUGUGGAGUAGCUAAAAAAAACAAAACAGCGCUCACUGUUCACGAGAUGAUGCACACCGGCGAAAAGCCUUAUGCCUGUACAGUAUGUGACAAGAGAUUCAGUUCGCCCACAAUUCUGACCUCUCACAUGAAAUGUCAUGUCCCGAAACAGUACCAAUGUCCCGAGUGCGGUGACAAAUUCGCCCGUGGGGAGAAUCUCAAGCGCCACAUUCGCUAUCGACAUUCGGAGGCCACGUACUGCUGUACAUACUGUCCCCGUAAACUGAAAACGCAUGAGGCGAAAGCGCUUCACGAAAGGUCUCACACGGGCGAGAAACCAUUUACGUGCCGUACGGAGGGUUGCGAUAAACGGUACGCCAGUAUCACCGACCGUAGGCGUCAUGAAAUGGCCAGCCACACCGGCGAGCGACCUCAUAAGUGUUCCUACUGUUUGGCGUCGUUCGUACGGAAGCGCCAGCUGACCCUUCACGAACGGAAGCACACCGGGGAACGACCUUUUGUUUGUAACAGCUGCGGAAAAGCGUUCAUAGAUGCGCCACUUUUGAAAAAGCAUACCUGCUAAGUGAAUCUGUUGAUGUUAUCAGGCAUAGCAACAAUUCUUGUCCAUAUAUUAAAUGUAUAUACGUCAAGGAUUUUAUUACGCUUCACAGUCAUUUACGUCUGUGGUUUUCUCAUAGAUAAUAAAGUAACCUUUAAUUUUUUGAAACAAAUUAAUAUUACUGUUUGUCGCCAUUGAUCGAGUCGCCUUUUUCGUUGUGGUCCUCUUCUUAUGCCCACCGAAUCAGACUCAGGGGAACUUCCCACAAGUGAGGCUAUCCUUGUGGCUAGGCUUGAGGUCCAGGAACCAAGUAUAUAUAAGAUGGAACCAAGUAUAUAUAAGAUGGAACCAAGUGUGAAAAGUUUGUUUCAAUAAUAAAUUGCAAAA